UCAGUUCACCAGAAUGUACCUUCGUGCAAAAUUGGCAUCAUUAUAUAGUAUCUGACCAUUAUGCAAUUAUUGGCUACGUGCACGUGAUUUUUGCGACAUGGAUUGAUAAAAGCGUUCUCCAGAUUGAUGUGCAUUUCAGUCCGUUGCAUGCGAUUCCUCCGGCGAAGAUCAAACAUGGGCAGAUUGCAUUGUUUGCUGUUCGGUUUGUUCCUGAUGGUUCCCGCCGGGCGAUGCUACUGUACGAAGAACAUUGUCGUGGAUCUUUCCGAUAGCUGUAGCUACAAUCCUUUAAUGGCCAUGUCCAAGCAAUUGGGCUGGGUACUGUCUCGUGAAAAUUGUGCCCUGACGAUAGGUGCUGAUGUAUUUGACAUACCGCCGGUACUGUACUUUGAUGCUACCGAUCCGGAUAAAAAGUACACCUUGUUCAUGGUGGAUUUGGAUGGUGGAAGCAAGGAGGGACUGGUUUUCGUGCACUGGUUUAUGGCAAACAUUCCGGCAAUCGCUCUGACCGAAGGCUUGACCUACGUGGACGGUGAUACUAUUCUAGAUUAUUUACCACCGACCUCGGGACCCUACGAACACCGGUACGGCCUGUAUCUGUUCGAGCAGAUCGGUGGCAACAGCUUUCCCCCGAUGCCCCUCGCUCGGGAUGAGUUCGAUUUGGUCGACUGGAUCAAUUUGAUUUACCCGGAGGGUGCACUUUGCGGUCCGGUCGGUUCGAUUGGAUUUAAUUCGUAGUCGAGCGGUCGCCGUGUGCUGCUGAGGCGUGGUAUGGUAGCGAAGGACAGGAAAUUCUGGCUAAAAUUUAUUGACAACAACGAAUGGAAAUGUAACGACAGCAGAUAAGAACCGGGAUCCAGCUGUCGUUACUGUGGCCAACUGCAGCAGCAGCAUAUCUCCGGGGUGCAGAAAUUUAUAUAGACAUCAAGGGAAUAACUUAGAUGUGGUCAAUAAAUGUCAUUGAAAACCA